CCGCCAUGUUGUGGGGCUCGCGGCGCCGCGGGGGGGGGCGGUGUGGAGGCAGCUGCGGCGCGUGCGGAGCGGGGCUCGCGGGCAGCGCAACAGAUGGCUAAGAGCUAGCAAGGCAUAUUCAAGACCAUGAUGGCUCAGUUUCCCACAGCUAUGAACGGAGGUCCAAACAUAUGGGCCAUCACCUCCGAAGAGCGGGCCAAGCACAACAAGCAGUUUGAUAGCCUUAAACCCACAGGAGGCUACAUUACAGGUGAUCAAGCACGUACAUUUUUUUUGCAAUCAGGUCUACCAUCUUCAAUCCUUGCUGAAAUAUGGACGCUAUCAGACCUGAACAAGGAUGGAAAAAUGGAUCAACAGGAGUUCUCUAUAGCCAUGAAACUCAUCAAGCUGAAAUUGCAAGGACAGCAUUUGCCUGCGGUUCUCCCUCCUGUCAUGAAACAAACUCCAGUAUUGUCACCGCUAAUGUCAGCUCGCUUUGGAAUGGGUAGUAUGCCCAAUCUGUCCAUGCCGACGUCUAUGUCCACGAUCACACCGUUAGCUCCCAUGCCUCUGAGCUCCAUGACUUCCAUUCCUCCUUUGGUUAUCUCUGCUCCCCUGGUGCCUUCUGUCAGUACCUCCUCGUUGCCAAAUGGAACAUCCAGCCUCUUGCAGCCUUUGUCCAUACCUUUCUCUUCAACGCUGCCUCACACUGGUUCUUUAGGUCCCGUGACAGGAGGGUUUGGUGGUACCAGUAUGCAGAAGGCACAAUCUCUGAUCGAUUUAGGAUCUAGCAGUUCAAAUUCUUCCUCUAGUGCUUCACUGGCUGGGAAUUCACCAAAGAUUGCACCCACAGACUGGGCGGUUCCUCAGGCUUCCAGAUUAAAAUACAGACAGAAAUUUAACAGUCUUGAUAAAAGUAUGAGUGGAUAUUUAUCAGGAUUUCAAGCAAGGAAUGCCCUUCUGCAGUCAAACCUUUCACAGACUCAGUUGGCUACUAUUUGGUCUCUGGCUGAUAUUGAUGGAGAUGGACAGUUGAAAGCUGACGAGUUUGUGUUAGCCAUGCACCUAACUGAUAUGGCCAAAGCUGGGCAACCUCUGCCACUGACUCUCCCUCUUGAACUGGUACCACCGUCUUUCAGGAGUGGAAAAUACACUGAAAAUAUAAAUGGAUCUCUGCCAUCUUACCAGCCUGUGCAAGAGGAGGAGCCACAGAAAAAACAGCCAGUGACAUUUGAGGACAAAAGGAAAGCCAACUAUGAGAGGGGAAAUAUGGAGCUGGAAAAACGCCGUCAGGUCCUGUUGGAGCAGCAGCAGAGAGAGGCUGAACGUAAAGCUCAGAAAGAAAGAGAAGAACAAGAGCGAAGAGAGAGGGAACGUCAGGAACAGGAACGGAAAAGACAGCUCGAAAUGGAAAGGCAGCUGGAGAGGCAACGAGAGUUGGAAAGACAAAGAGAAGAAGAAAGGAGGAAAGAAAUAGAAAGACGGGAGGCAGCAAAGCAAGAACUUGAGCGCCAACGACGAUUGGAAUGGGAGAGAAUUCGUCGCCAAGAACUUCUUAACCAACGUAACAGGGAACAAGAAGAAAUUGUCAAGUUGACGUCUAAAAAGAAAAGCCUUAAUCUUGAAUUGGAAGCCUUGACCGACAAACAUCAGCAAAUCUCAGGCAGAUUGCAAGAUAUUCGAAGCAAAAAGCAAAUUCGAAAAACUGAACUAGAGGCUCUAGAUAAGAAAUAUGACCAAGGAAUCAUAGAAGUGAAGCAACUACAACAACAGCUUCAGGAGUACCAGAAUAAACUCAUCUAUUUAGUUCCGGAAAAGCAAUUGUUAAAUGAAAGAAUUAAAAACGCUCAACUGGAAAACACUGAGAGUACAGGACUCAGUUCGGUGCAAAAGGAUUCCCAAGAAAAGGAAGAAUUAUGCCAAAGACUUAAGGAGCAGCUCGAUGCCCUUGAGAGAGAAACUGCUUCUAAACUUGCUGAAAUGGAUGCAUUUAACAGCCAGCUUAAGUGUGGGAAUAUGGAUGAUUCUGUUCUUCAGUGCCUUUUGUCUCUGCUAAGCUGUCUCAACAACCUCUUCCUCUUACUUAAGGACCUGAGAGAGAGUUACAGCACACAGCAAUUAGCCUUGGAGCAGCUCCACAGGAUCAGACAGGACAAAAUAAGAGAUGUAGAAAAAAGAAGAGCUGAACUUGCACAGAAAAAGCGACUGGAAGAUGAAGCUGCAAGGAAAGCAAAACGGGAGAAGGAGAACCGAUGGCAGGAAAAUAUCCGGAGGGAGGAGGAAGAGAAAAAGAAACGGUUGGAGGAAGAACGAAUGCAAGAAAAAGUUCAAGAAAAGCUGAAAGGUGAAGAAGCUCUGAUGAGAGAAAGGGAAAAUAAGCAACAGCUUCAUACAGAGGAGGAGAGAAAUAAGCAAGCUGCGAUCUUCAGGGAGAUGGAAUACCAGAGGCAGAGGCAGCUGGAAGAAGACAAAAGAAAACUAGAACAAAUUGCAAAUGAAGCUGAGGAGAGGCACAGGCAGAAUGAAGAAUUAAAGAAGGUAAAAGAUGUGACCAACUCUCAAGAAGCAGAGAAACGCACUUCUAAAUUAAACAUCAGUGAGAAGUUUGCAGAUCUGUUGAAAUCAUCAGAGGGUAAAAGUCUGAAGCCACCCUGGAAAAAUGAAGGCAAUGCAGUUACUGUAUCAGAGUCUAGGAAUUCAGUUGCCUUGGUAAAUUACAGAGCUUUAUAUCCAUUUGAAGCAAGGAAUCACGAUGAGAUGAGCUUUAAUACUGGUGAUAUAAUUCAGGUUGAUGAAAAAACUGUGGGAGAGCCUGGCUGGCUUUAUGGGAGUUUUCAAGGACAUUUUGGUUGGUUUCCAUGCAAUUAUGUAGAAAAAAUACCAGAAGGAGAAAAAUCUUUAUCUCCUAAGAAAGCCUUACUUCCUCCUACAGUAUCUUUAUCCUCUACCUCAGCUGCUUCAGAACCACUUUCACCAUGUAAAUCUGCAGAAGAAUCUGAUUACCAAAACAUACCUUUUUCCAGCCUGAAUGUUAAUACAGCAUGGCAGCAGAAAUCAGCUUUUACCCGCACUGUGUCCCCUGGAUCUGUUUCACCCAUUCAUGGACAGGGGCAGCUUGUUGAGAACUUAAAAGCACAAGCACUUUGCUCUUGGACUGCAAAAAAAGACAACCACUUGAAUUUUUCUAAAAAUGAUAUCAUUACUGUCCUGGAGCAGCAAGAAAACUGGUGGUUUGGGGAGGUACAUGGAGGAAGGGGUUGGUUUCCAAAAUCUUACGUCAAGCUCUUACCUGGGAGUGAAAUCAAGAAAGAAGAACCAGAAGCUAUUUAUGCAGCUGUGAACAGAAAGCCUAAUACACAGCCUUAUGCCGCAGGAGAGGAGUACGUUGCGCUUUAUUCGUAUUCAAGCUCUGAACCUGGUGACUUGACUUUCGUGGAAGGUGAGGAAAUCCUGGUGACCCAGAAGGAGGGGGAAUGGUGGACCGGGAGCAUUGAUGGGAGAACUGGAAUCUUCCCCUCCAAUUACGUCAGACCAAAGGAUCAAGAAGCUUCUAGUAACGCUGGCAAAACUGGAACGAUAAAUAAGAAGCCUGAAAUCGCGCAGGUUACUACUGCCUAUGCUGCGUCAGGAACUGAACAGCUUAGUCUUGCUCCAGGACAGCUAAUACUGAUCCUGAAGAAAAACACUAGUGGGUGGUGGCAAGGAGAGCUGCAGGCCAGAGGGAAAAAGAGACAGAAAGGAUGGUUCCCUGCCAGCCAUGUGAAAUUGCUGGGUCCAAGCAGUGAAAGAACCACAUCUGCUGCUCCCUCAGUGUGUCAAGUGAUAGCAAUGUACGACUACAUGGCGAACAAUGAAGAUGAGCUCAGUUUCUCCAAAGGGCAGCUUAUUAAUGUACUGAACAAAGAUGAUGCUGACUGGUGGCAAGGAGAAAUCAACGGUGUGACAGGUCUCUUCCCCUCAAACUAUGUGAAGAUGACCACGGAUUCUGAUCCAAGUCAGCAGUGACCCAAUGUUGUCUUCCAGUGUGAAAGCACCUCAGAGACCCACUAUCCCAGUUUGACUGUAGCGUGGAGGCAGGGUGGCCAGCCCUGCUCACGUAUCUCUGACACAAUCCUAUUGCUUCGUUUGAACAUUAGAUCCAGUCAAGAAAUUAGGUUUUUGUGUUUAUUUUCUUAUAAUCUUUAUGACUUACAGUUGAUUUGUAAAAGCGGAAAGGAUAGUGGGUCUUUGUGUGGCUUUCACUGCUGUUCAUUCUUGUUUCCUUUAGUGUUUUCCUUUGGUAUUGAUAAUUGUAGAGCAUUAGCAUGCACAUCAAGUUAUCGUUUGCAUGGUGGGAUUGCAGACACACAAAGACCCACUAUUUGCACAGUUUAUCCGAGCUGUUUUGAAUGGGUAGUUGUGUUCUUUUAAUGUUGUAAUGUACAUACUUUGCAGAAUUAAAGUGUUCGCUGGUUGCUGUUCUAAUGGACUCGACUUAAACGCUUACAUGUUGAUCUUUCAAGGCUGGCAGCCUAUAAGGCUCACCUGGGAAACAAACCCUACCUGCCUCCGCUGCUGAUGGGCGCUGUGAUUGCAAACAGGCUACGAGAGCUAAGGUUUAGAUCUGGUGCAGUCCAUCAGCCUUUUAGUGCCCAUUUUAACUGUUAAGCAUAGAGUGGAGGAUAUUUAUUCCUUUUCUUCCUUCACAGUAGUACUAUAGCAGGAAUUGAAAUUGGUUUGGCUCCAUAUCCCUAAACAGCCUCCUUCUUUUAAAUGCUUUAGUCUGAUAAUUCAUAUUCGCUUUCAGUUUUAGCAAACAGCAAACCUGUAUGAGUUACUGCAGUAAGUACUUACACAGCCUUGGUGCUACUCGGCCCUUCCAUGCCCUUUUUCUUCAUUAAUGGUACUGAAUAGUGUUCUUACCUGGCUGCGGUCUGCGGUGAUGUAGCAGCACGCGCUGUCUGAAAGCUGCUCCUCUUGGUAAAUAAAUAAGCAGCCCAAUACAUGGGUGACGUCCAUGAAGAGAUGUUGCCAGAAGAGAAACACUAACAGACACCUGGAGCUGGAGGCAGAGCGUUUGGGUUUAAGAAUGGAGCUAUCCUCCUCAGCUCAAAACUGGUCCUUAAAGGUACGGCAUAUCUGCAGUUGGCACAGUAAAGGUGCCCGCAUUUUGUUAGUCUGGGGGCAGGGAGGGACCGGGACAUCAGGGCAAUAACCCUAAUACCCCUUUAAAUAAAAGGAUUAAUUUAAUAUGCCUGAUUAGAUAGUUCUGUGCUCCUGUCACACCAGGAGAGAUCUACUAGAUGCAGUAUUUAUUUUAGUUGAUUUCCUGAAUUUGGUUACGAAAUGGCAGAGGUCACUUAUGCAAUCAGAAAUGUUUACAAACCCUGUUUGUUUACUGUAUACAAAUCUAUCGAUGAAUGUUUUGAAGGUGCUGUCAAGAAAAGGUUAGUCCAGCUGCAGAGACUGAAAAGCCUUUCUCCAGAGUUUCUGUAGAGAGUGAGAUGUUAUGUAUUGAAUGUUCUUGAUCAAAUCAUGUCUAUGUGCCCUUCCGUUCUGAGAGAUCUCUUGUGCAAUACAGACAGCGAUGUGCCUACAGAAAACUGUGAAUGGAUUUUUAUUCUGGAUGUAUUUUGUCUAAACCAGUAUUUUGUUAUAGAAUGAAAUCAUGUUAUUGUAGGCAAAUCACCUGCUAGGUGAUUCCUCCAGUGUUCUACCUGACUUAAUUUCCUUAUGAAACUACAUUUUAAGUAUCGCUACUAAAAUAUGUGGAUCACCCUGAAAUGCCUUCUCUCAAUUUCUGACUUUGGAAGCCUGCUCAGUGCGGGCUGAAGUGUUGAGCUACACCAGUGGCACCAAGCAGUCGCUUACUGUAGUCUCAUAAUUAGGUGACCUUAUAAAUUGCCCCAUCUCUAAAAGGCACCGUUAGCCUGUGGGGCUUUAGUGGAACAGCCUUGCCCCACGCUCAGUGGCAGUUUUGCUUGAAUGCCAAAUCGCUACGAAUUGUCUUCAAAAGAAAUGAAAAACACCUUCACAUCCUGCCUGGGAUGGUCUAGGAAAUAGUUGCAUGGCAUUUUCCAAAACCAGCUGGCAUUCUACCCACUUUUUAACGGAUACAAUUGAAGAUUUUGGUAGUGUUGGCUGAAGUUUCACACAAGUGGUGUGAAAUACAUGGUUUGUUACGUAGAUAUGAGCACUGAUCCAUAUUGAAGCAGCUGCCCCUCCACUGGCACUGAUGAGAGUUGAAAUGAAGCAUUUGGGGCUCUCACAGUUAACCUGUUCGUGUUUCAUUAUUACCUGAGCGCGCUCUGAAGUCUCUUAACUGUAAUAAUGACAGUAACACACCUUAAUAACUCUGACUGAAAGAGACGUAGGCCCUGACUCUUGUAUUUCUGCAAAUUCUGCCUGUCACAGCUCAAACACAAUCACCCCAGGCCCCGGCUCUCCUUCACACACUGGUGCGUAAAGAAUUGCAUCUGCACGUCAGGCCAUUGAUAGGAAGGACUGUGCUGAGGAUGUGUGAAGGCAAGAUGAUUUUAAAAUCAUGUUCUGUAUCCCUGAUGAGGUGUAGCUGAUAGAAGCUGGGUUUAAAUCAGUCCUUUUUGCUUUCAAAAGCAUUAGUUCUUCUCUGUUUGUGCGCAGUCCACUUCUGGUUGGUAAAAGUCCAUAGAGUUGGGUUCAGUCAUCCCAGCCGGCAGAGUAAAACUAGCAUGAAGUGUUCAUCCCUUAUUUGGGUGAAAAAGGUUGGCUUUGAAACUAAGGACAAGGUGGCAAAUAAGAGUUAUUUGUUGAACUGAUGGUCCCCAGCCAAGAGUUGAGAGUCGAAAUGUUGCUAAGAGCCACACAGAGCAACAGUUAAAACUGAAGCCAACCCGGAAUGCAAAACACGAUGUUGCCUGCAGCGUAGUCCUUGUAUAAUCUUGUUUUCCGUGGGCUGCUAGAGAAUAGGGGCCAUGGUGUAACUGGGGUAAGAAUGUCAACGAUGCGGUAAAUGCACCAAACCAGGUACUGAAAGGCCUCCUAAUUCUUUAAGUGUCCAGGCUGCAUAACAGACUAACAACCUUCAAAAGUGUAGAUCUACUAAAGCUUAGUUUACAGAGCUGAGUUCCCGAUUGAGCAGUUGGAUCCGUGCAGGAAAGCCUUGUGCCACCACCGAGAGCCGGUGGCGGGGCUGGCGUCUGCGAAUGGUGGGUGAUGGUGAAGGGCUGUGAAAGCACCCAAGGUGCUGUCCUAACACCAGUGUUCAUAAUGGUACAGUUGGGAAUGCCGAAGGCAUAAAGCUCCAUCCAAAACGUUACACGCAAAUCAUUGGAAUGUCUCCCACCGGUCACUGAAUGUCUAUGCCAUCUCAAUGCUUGGUCAAAUCGUGUCCCUGUGUGAUUCUCUUGAGCUGGGUUGAAAACACCUGUAAAUACGUCUGCUCAUAGGAAUGCCGACGGACCUUGGCCUGCGGUAGCAUUGGGAGCUGCUCCAGGGCCGUGCUACUUCAGUGUAAUGAACUAAUAAAACUGCUGCGUGAUGGUGUGUGCUGCCUUAAAAACUCUUCUGUUGUUCUCUUCAAGCUGGAGUGUUGAUGUUUGAGGAUGAUUAAGACUUGCAGGCUCUGCUUAGCAUGAGGCAAUUGUUCACCUUUGGUUUGAAACAAAGUUGUAAGAUAACUAUGCAAAUGUAUUUUAUUAAAGGGACGCCUAAAAGGA